AAUUAUACAUAUGCACUGUUAUAUAGAUACAUGUAUAAAUGUAUUGUACAAUUAUUGUACAAAUAUUUUUUAUUGCAUCUGUAUUGCAGAAUGUCUUUCCCAAAUAAAGCAGACCGUGAGAGAUGUUGGAGUCGCAGGGACGAGUAUUGGAACUGUCUGGACGAAGGCAAAUCCUCAGAGAAUUGUGUAGAAUUUAGGAAACAGUAUGAAAAGUUUUGUCCCUCUCAAUGGGUGAAACACUUUGAUCGUAAGCGAGAUUACUUGAAGUUCAAAGAGCAAAUAGAGCAGGGGGGGAUACGUUGCCUCGACGGCAGGACUGAAAAUUCCGAGAGAUCCGAGCUGCCGAAGCAAUUUGAUGAGAAGAACCAAAAGGUUCUCGGCUUACGAACUGCGGAUAAAGAUACGUGCAACUAGAAGCAUUAUUUCCAAAGACGCGCAC